GGUGACAUUUAAAUUGGAUAUGGCAGAGGAAGUUGAAAUGGGAGAGGUUGAUGAAAUGCAUUCCAAAGAUGAAGGUGCUAUUCUAAAUGGCGAUAUCAGUAACAAUGUAGAUAUGGAAAGUUCCGAUAGUCAAAAGGAAAAGAAAAUUAGUAGUGUAACAGAAGCCAUGGAGGUUGAAGAAGAAAACAAACCUGAAGCAGUCGCCAAAGAAAAUACAAAUACUGAAAUUAAUGGUGUAGAUGUAAAUAAUACCAACUCUGAAAAGGGGGAUGACGAAGAAGAAGAAGAGGAAAAGAAAGAUGAUGACUGUGUCUUAGAUGAAUCUGUAGAUAAAGAUGAAGUAGAAAAAGAUAUUGAGAGUAAUCCUACUGGAGAUGAUACUAAUGAUGACAAUGAUGAAGGAGUAAACAGCGAAGAAGAUAAUGAUAUAUCCGAAAAGGACGAGGAUACUGCGAAAAAAAAAUUGGAAGAAUUAUCUAAAAACAAUCUCAUUGAAAUCAGUGAUGAUGUUCAUGAAAUUGAUGACAAUGAGGAUGAAUCAAGUCAAGCAAGUAGUAUUCCUAGCAAAACUUCUGAAGGAAAUUCAAUGUCCAAUGAACCUAUAGAUUUAAAUGAUUCAGGAGGGGAAGAUGAUGGUGAUGUUAUGAUUGUUGAAAGUGUUCCAAAGGAAAAUGGAACAUCUGACAAACUAACAUUUAAAAAAACCACUGAAAUUAUUGAAUUGGAUACUCCAGAAAAAAAAGAAACUAGAAAAAUAUCUGUAUCUCCACGAAGAAGUUCUAGAAAUUUAAAUAAAAGCAAAAGCUAUGUUGAAAGUAUAAAAGAAGUACCACAAUCAUCUGAUGAAUCAGAUAUUGAAGAAGUAACUCCACAAGAUCCUUUAGCAGUUAGCGAUGCAAUUAGUAUAGAACGAAUUCCAAUGAAUAAAACUAAGAAAUCCUCAACAAUAGUGGUAAAGGAUACUAAAAAGUUAGUGGAAAUCGCUGCUAAAUCAAAUAAUACAAGUGGCAAAAAAGAACCCACAUUGGUUAUCAUUGACACAAACUCGAUUUUGUCAGGAAGAGGGCCAGUCCCAAUUAAUAAAUCUUCAACCAUAUCUACCUCUGCUUAUUCAGCAGUGCUUCCAGUGGCUUUACCUGCUCAAGGAAUGUACCCAGCAAAUAUGCGAGCAACUAUAACACCAAUACCUGUAAAUUCUAAUUCCAAUCAAGUUAAAGCCAGUCCUGCUGUUCAAACACCAUUGUUGCCUACAUUGACUGAUGAUAUGUUUGUUGUGGAAGCUCCAUCGUUUAUUGUUCCAUAUGUUUAUGAAAAACCGCCAGUAAAAGAUUUUAAAGAUUUUGUACUAGAAUACAAGAAAAAAGUCGAACAAAUGUUAAGAGAAGAGGAAGAAGAGGAAAGGAAAAGAGAAAAGGAGGAAAGAAAAAAAGAAAAGGGGGAUGAUAAAGGGGAGGAUAGUAAAGAUGUGGAGGAUAUUAAAUCAGAACCAGACGGUAAAAAGAAAAAGAAGGGAGAUGAUGAUACUGAAUAUAACAUAGAUGAGGAGAAAGAUGUUGAUUCAGAAGAAGAGGGUAAAGGUUUAAAUAAAGCCAACAAGCCAUAUUCAUAUUUUACUAGUCCCUUGGGAAAAUUUUUUGUCGAUAUUGGUUUUAAUUUGGUACAGGAAUAUGUGCAAUCAGAUUUACUAAGACAGCAAAAACGAAAACGUGAUAGAGAAGGUGGACAAAACAAAGAGACUGAAAGAACAAUCCAUUCUCUAAUUAAAAAUUUGGAAUACAGUAAAGAAAAUAACGAACCUUUUAAGAUAAAAAUGCGUAAGUGCGAAUUCUGUAACUUUAAAACGGAAUCUGCCUUGGCAAUGUCUUAUCAUUUAGAAACUCCUCACAUGAAAAAUUUCGUCUAUAGGUGUAAUUUUUGUACGUACGAAGUUCGUAGUCCACACGACAUUCUCUUCCACAUGGAAGCUGAACAUGCUGUCAGGGGUCAUUUGGAGAGAGCACCUGCUUUCCAUCAGUGUUCUAAUUGUCCAUUUGAAGACAAUCAGAAGGGAAAACUUUCAAGGCAUUUGGUUGCUUGUGCGAAAAAAUUCAAGCCUGAGAGGAACCUUGAUCCUCCUAUAGACUGGGAACCUCCUGCAAAAAUACCAAGAGUGCCUAAGGUCAGGCAGCAAGGUCUAAACGCGACCGCAGCCGCUUACCAAGCAAUGUCUAAAAAUUCGCAGUAUCAGUUCUUGUCCAAGAUGCAGCUGCAAAGCACGCAGCAAGCCUUACAAAGAGGAAGAGGCCGCCCACCAACCAUUACCAACGCAAAGCCUCAACAAACCCUUCGCCCGUCCGGAAUGUUGUUCAAACAGCAAGGCAUGUCCGGGGGAUCAGUUUUGGUGCCAACCAAUUACCAACUCAGUGGCAAUCAGGUAUAUCAGGUAGUUGGAGGACAGGAUUUAGGGGGACGACUUGGCAACCCUGGCCACAUGAGUUUUGUCCCCAAUAUACAUUCCGCCUCUAGCACUGUUGCAACCCAGCAGCAAAGCCAAAACAAGAAGCCAGUGCACCAGCCCAGCAUUUCGAUUACGCCUUUGCCUCGCGGUUCGGCCACGUCUACUCCGGGCAACGUGUCCGCUAAACCGGGGGAUAGCAGUUCUAAAAAUUCGUUUGUGAUCUGCGAGAUCUGCGAUGGUUACAUUAAGGACUUGGAACAGCUAAGAAAUCACAUGCAAUGGAUUCACAAGAUCAAGAUUCAUCCAAAGAUGAUCUACAACAGGCCGCCGCUAAACUGUCAAAAGUGCCAAUUUAGGUUUUUCACCGAUCAAGGCUUGGAGCGGCAUUUGCUCGGCUCGCACGGUUUGGUCACCUCGAGCAUGCAGGAUGCCGCCAAUAAAAGCAAGGAUUCUGGAAGAUGUCCUGUUUGUGGAAGGGUAUACCAAUGGAAAUUGCUUAAUCACGUGGCUAGGGACCACAAUAUGACGCUAAAGCCUGCGCAUUUGUCGUACAAGUGCACAGUGUGCACGGCCACCUUUGGCAUGUACAAGCAAUUCGAGAACCACGUCUAUUCGGCGCACAGCGUUGUGGCAAAACGCGUGAUGGACAAGAAGACCGCGUCGCCGUCCGCGCAGAACAAAACCGAGAUGAAACCGUUGAAGAUCAACGACGAGAUCACGAUCAUACCGCAGCCGCCGAAAUCGAGCAACGGGGCCGCCAAGGAGGGCAGCCCGAGCUCAACAGGGUCGAACGCGUCGCGUAACAGUACGCCAAGCACUAGCAAAAAUGAUGACGCACCAACGCCAAGUACUUCUCGUGCCGAAAGAUUGGCACGAAGAAACGCAAAUGGUGACGAUUGAAUUAAAAUUGAAUUUAAAAAACUGUGUGUUCGGACAACAUGUGCGCGAUUUGUUUUGGUCAGAAUUUUAAUAUAUUUUUUAACAUGUAUGGACCAAGUUGUUUCAACUAGGAAUGAAACACUGUCUGUUAAUUAUAUAGUUGCAUUAUACUCUCAAAUCUGUAUAAGUACUAUUUAUUUAUAUGUGAGAUAAGACAUGAUUUUUUAUGGUAUAGGCUAGACAGAAUUUAAAACAAAUGUUGCACUCUUGUAAAGACUAAAGAAUAGAAUAGUAUAUUAUAAAUGUGUUUUCUUUAGUAAUUUUAGACUUGUUUUCAAAUAAAUAAAUAAAUUAUAAGUGAGAACAGUUAUGGUUUAUUUAUUUAUUUGAUAUAUUUAUUUUUAUAUCAAUACCAAUAUUUUUUGUUGAUUAAAAUAAUUCUGGAA